GAACGGGGCGAGGCCGCCCGGGGGAGCUGAGCUUUCAGCUCGCGGGCCGGCCGCGGUCUCGCGAGGUCCGUGCGGGCAGCACCCACGAUGUAGAAGCGGCGGCGGGUCAGGGCAGCGCCGGACACAGCGUCCCCAUCCCGCCGCGAGGCGCCUGGGCCAGCGGCUGGGAAAGAACAGCGGCGGGGCGGCGAUGCCCAGGCCGGGGAAGAGCUCGUACAGCGAUCAGAAGCCGCCCUACUCCUACAUCUCUCUGACGGCCAUGGCCAUCCAGCACUCGGCCGAGAAGAUGCUGCCCCUGAGCGAGAUCUACAAGUUCAUCAUGGACCGCUUCCCCUACUACCGAGAGCACACGCAGCGCUGGCAGAACUCGCUCCGCCACAACCUCUCCUUCAACGACUGCUUCAUCAAGAUCCCGCGCCGCCCCGACCAGCCGGGCAAGGGCAGCUUCUGGGCGCUGCACCCCGACUGCGGGGACAUGUUCGAGAACGGCAGCUUCCUCCGCCGCCGCAAGCGCUUCAAGGUCCUGCGACCCGAGCACCACCUGCCCGGGGGCGGUGGCGGCGGAAGUGGCGGCGGGGCGGGCGGCGCGGCGAGCGGAGGCCCCGGGAAGUCGCCGGCGCCCGGGGGCCCGCACAUGGCUCACUACUUCCAUCCGCACCCGCCGCCGCCGCCGCCGCCGCCCCCGGGCAAGGUGCCGGGGCUGGCGGGUCCCGAGGCGGCCGUGGCCGCCGCCGCUGCUGCCGCCGCCGUGGGGAGGCUGCCGCAGUUCUCGCCCUACGGCGGCAGCCAGCCCUCGGGCUUCAAGCAUCCCUUCGCCAUCGAGAACAUCAUCGGCAGAGAUUACAAGGGCGUGCUGCAGGCCGGCGGGCUGCCGCUGGCCUCCGUGAUGCACCAUCUGGGCUACCCGGUGCCCAGCGGCGUGGUCGGUUCCGUGUGGCCCCACGUCGGGGUGAUGGACCCCGUGUCCGGCGUGCCCGUGUCCCCCGAUUACGGACCCUUCGGGGUGCCCGUGAAGGCGCUCUGCCAUCCGCCGGCGCAGACCAUGCCCGCCGUGCCUGUGCCCAUCAAGCCGGCUCCCUCCAUGCCCGCGCUGACGGUCGCCUCCUCGCAGCUCUGCCCCUCAGCCUCCCCGGCUUCCGCCGCGCUCCUGGAGCAGGCGGCGGGCGCCGCCUCCGAGGGCAAGAGCUCUCUGCACUCCGUCCUGGUGCACUCCUAAGGGCCGGGACCGGGGGCAGGGCGGCUCCCGGGACGGGGACGCGGGGAACACGCGGGGCCCGGUGCCCGCGCCCUGCGGUGUGUGUGUUUGUGUUGUGUACAAUCAGAUUUUAUAUGAGCCAGGUCGCAGGUAAGAGCUUUUAUAGUCGUUACAUAUCGUUAGUGACAGAGCGCUGAUGCUGAAAGUCAGGGUCGGACCGCGCAGGAGGGGCUCGGAGCGGCCGGGUCUUCUGUCGGAGUUUCCCCUCAUGGACUCGGGGUAGCGGGGCCGGGUUCUGCCUGGAGUGGGACGGGAGCAGCUGACGGGGGAAGCCGCCUCUGAGCUCUGCCGUUCUCUGCUCUGCCUCCAGCAGCACCUGCUCAGCGGGGUUGGGGUGUCGUUCCGAAGGAGGCGGCCGACACGCGGGUAUCGCCACGGGGCCGCGGGGAGCGACGUGCUCUCCGUUUGACGAGUGAGCUCUGAGCUGCUCGAUUAAUUAGUGGGGAUUUAAAUGACAACGGCACUGACGUCGGAGGGCCCCUUUAGCUAUCGGCUGCUUGUCCUUCCCCUCACGCUUCCACACUCCAUCUCAGUGAGGGUCGUUCCCGGGGAGGGACAGCAGUGUGACCUCCCGGGCAGUCCGUACCCGAGCUGCCCCGAUCGCUCUUAGAAUGAAACCAGCCCCGCCACUCGCGGUUAGCUCGUGCUUGUCGUAUCGCGCCUCGCUGCUCACGGACACCUCUGUUCUUUGUGCGUCGCUUGGCGUUUUCUCCAUGUGAACAUGAACGCAAAAAUCUGUUGGAUGGGGAAAAAAAAUAAUAAUAAAGAGAAAAUAAUUAAAAAUUCUUCGGGAAAAGCACUUUAGUGAAAACAAUUUUCCGACAGAAGGGAGGUCCGUGCAGAGCAGGGGGGUAGGAAGCAGGAGAGCGGUGUUCUGGUUGAUGAGUGGCGGCUGCUUUGGUAGCGGCUGCUGCCCACCUUGCUGAACCCCAGUGGUCAUUAAACACACCUGUCCAUUUGCUUCUGCUGGUGCUGCUCUCCGCAGUAUUCGCCUUUUGAGCCGGGAAAGGGACGUGCGCUUGCAGCUCACUUCCUUUCGCCCCAGACAGAUUAGGCGACACAAAAGUUUCCUCGGCGACAAACCUGGAAGGGAAUGGACGAAAACCCUCAGAGCCCGCGGCUUUCUCCGGGCGUGGGUCUCAGUCGCUGCCCAAGACGUCCCCGCCUCACGCGGGGCAGCGGGUGUGACCCUGUGUCGCGGUUCCCUCCUCCGCAUUGGAACUAGGUGGGAAAAGCAGGUGUGGGGUUCCGGGGAGCCCCGCACUCAGUGCUGGCUCUUGACGUUCCGCGAGGAUAGCAGGGUGCCGGUGGGGGCUGCGCAGGAGCACCCCCGACCCUGGAAAGCACCGUUGGUGUUGCAACUGCAGUUUAUCGAGGCAAUGCUGUGCGUUAAUGUUGUUAAAGAGGCACGGGUAGGUACGGCUUUUCGGAAGUUGGACAGUCAGGGCAACUGCCGCAAAAGUUUUGCAUCCAGAUAAACCGAGCAAAAGAAAUCACCAAGGGGAAAAAAAUUAAAAACAGUGUUCCACGUUUUCUUUACCCCGCUGUCUUCCAUUUUAGGCAAGAAAAACCGAGACGGUAUUUCUGCUGCUAAAACUCUUUGCUUAUAAAGAAAGCAGUCUCCCAAAUAGGUCGCGAAUUGCACUAAUUUUGCAUGGCUCGAUAUGAUUAGGUGUGUCCACCGCCCUCUGCGCUCCGAAGCAACCCUAGGAAAGAAGAUUUCCCCUCCGAAAGGCGUUAGGGGCGAGAGAGAUGGGAAACCCGGAGCGAAAGUCGCAGCAGUUCCCCCAGGGAUAAGCGAGAUGCUUCCGGAGAGCUGGGAAGAUUCUCGGCAAUCUGCUAAAACGAGUAGGGAAAACUUUAUUUGACUGUAGGAUAAUGACCCGGGAAGCGGCGUGCGGGCAGCGGGACAUCGCGGGGCCCUUCGGGGAGCGCGGG